CCCGCGUGACCUGCUCCUCGGGGCUGCCCCGCAGGUCGGGCGAGACGCGAGACCCCCAGGGCCCACCCGGGGCUCUCUGGAAGCGCGACCCCUGCUCUGAGCUCUGGCCACCCCCGGCUGGCCGCAGAGAAGUGCUGAUGGGGCGUUUUCCCGGCACAGGCCACUGCCCCUGACUCUGUGCGACAAAGCCACAGCCCAGGUGGCCGUCCCAUGGCGCGGGAGGAGCAGGGCCGGGAGGAGCUGGCCUACGACCGGACGUCCACCCUGGAGCGCGGCCGGCCGGAUGCGGGCAGCUACGCCCCGGACACCAAGCCUGGCGAGCGGCCGCUGGCCACCAGACUGCCUCGGUGCCUCAGCCACAGGACCUGGGUCCUCUCCGUGCUGAUGGGGAGCUGCCUGCUGGUGACCUCGGGGUUCUCGCUCUACCUGGGCAACGUGUUUCCUUCCGAGAUGGACUAUCUGCGCUGUGCAGCGGGCUCUUGUCUCCCCUCAGCUGUCGUGAGCUUCGCAGUUUCCAGGAAAAACAUCAACGCAAUCCCCAACUUCCAGGUCCUCUUUGUCUCGGCGUUCGCCAUCACCACCACGUGCCUCAUCUGGUUCGGGUGCAAGCUCGUUCUGAACCCGUCAGCCAUAGACUCCAGGCAGGGUGGCCAGGAGGCGAGUCAGGUGGGGCCACACUUCCGGCAGAUCAACUUCAACCUGAUCCUGCUGCUGCUCCUCGAGCUCUUCAUGGCGGCCACCGUGAUCCUCUCGGCCAGGUCCGGCGAGGCCAGCGGCCGGCAGAAGGCCUCUGUCUCUGACACCACCCUCAUCUCCAGCCAAGUGGCCUUUCCUGCUCGAGUCCUGAAGUCCUACUCGGUCAUCGAGCUGAUGGCUGGUGUCUCAGCCGUCCUGGGCGGCGUUAUCGCCUUCCACGUGGACGCCUCCGUGUCAGGCCCACACCUGUCGGUCACCUUCUUCUGGAUCUUAGUGGCCUGCUUCCCCAGCGCCAUCGCCAGCCACGUGACGGCAGAGUGUCCCAGCAAGUGUCUGGUGGAGGUUCUGAUCGCCAUCUGCAGCCUGGCGUCGCCCCUGCUCUUCACGGCCUCGGGCUACCUGUCCUUCAGCGUGCCCAGGGUCCUGGAGAUGUUCAAGGCCUACCCGCCGGCCAUCAAGUCCCACGACGUGGUGCUGCUGCUGCUGCUGCUGGAGCUCCUGCUGCAGGCAGCCCUCAACACCUGCACCGUCGUCCACUGCGUGCGCUUCAAGGUGAGCGCGGCCAGCAGCGCCCCGCACCCCGGCCCGCAGGAGCGCCCCGCGGGGGAGGUGGCCAGGACCCCGCUGAAGGAGUUUGACAAGGAGAAAGCAUGGCGUGCCGUGGUGGUACAGAUGGCGCAGUGACUGGGGCCACCGCCUGACCCACAGUGCACUGACCACACUCCCGCAGGCACUGACCACGUUCCUGCAGGCACUGACCACACUCCCGCAGGCACUGACCAGCCCCCUAGGCUCCCACAGGCGCUGACCAGCCCCUCUAGGCUCCCGCAGGCACUGACCAGCCCCCUCUAGGUUCCCACAGGCACUGACCAGCCCCCCCUAGGCUCCCACAGGAACUGACCAGGCCCCCCUAGGUACUGACCAGGCCCACCAGGCACUGACCAGGCCCACCAGGUUCCUCCCAGGACUGCUCAGGCCCACCAGGCACUGACCAGGCCCCCCAGGCACUGACCAGUCCCCCCCAGGCACUGACCAGGCUCACCAGGUUCCUCCCAGGACUGCUCAGGCCCACCAGGCACUGACCAGGCCCCCCCAGGCACUGACCAGGCCCACCAGGUUCCUCCCAGGACUGCCCAGGCCCACCAGGCACUGACCAGGCCCCCCAGGCCUGCCCCCAGCAGCAGCUGUCAGUGUCCCUGGCUUGGGUCCUGGGUGCUGAGGGCCUCCCCACUGCAGCCGGCCCUGACUCUCCUCUGGUCUGGGGCAGCCCAGCACACCCACCUCACAGCAGUAGGGAAGGGGCCGCCAAGACUCUUGCUCGGGUCCUGGUGGCCCAGUGCCCCUGCAUCACUGCCCAGACGGUGGUCAUCACCCACAGUGCCCACAGCCAGGCCAGUCUCACUCACCCCUCAAGGUGAGACCAGCCACGUGUGCGCUGCCGCCCCACCAGGCCCGUCUUCCCCGGCUCCCCACCACCCGCAACUUCCCCGAGUCCCUCGGUCUCUCCCACCGGUCAGCUCAGGGCAGGGAUGCCCAGCCCUCUCCACGAGCCCAGGCUGCAGCAACAGUGCAGGGAGUGAGGCCCCUGUCCCGAACGCAGCUGACCCGGGUGCAAUCCCCGGCCAGGUGUGAUUCCCGAGUGCGGAGCCAGGAGUCAACCCUGAGCACUCGGACGUAGUCCAAAAACAAAAACCAACAGAAGUUCCCACUUCUGCGACCGACCCACGUGCGCUGCUCACUACCUCCACGUGGCUCGCCUUGAACCCUGACCCUUGGUCACCUGAGGUCUGAGGCCCAGCAGACAGAGGCCAUUUCCGUCAGUCAUGAGGGAUGGUCCCAGCUCAUACCCUGCGCUGUCUCCACCCAUGCCCACUGCUCCCAGAAUCUUCUAGAACUGUCAACUCCUCCCUGUGACACGGGCCCUCACACGCCCAUGUGCCAGGACCCCCUUCCCACAGGGGACAGUGCAACAGCUCACCAGGGUUUCCACCCGUGUCUGGGCAAUGCUGCUGACCACAAGUCAUGAAAAAUCCAGACGCAGCCAUGUCAGCCGGUGGCCAGGGGUGUCACAGCCCCCCCUGGCCUCAUCUCAAGCAGGGAGCCAGGUGCCAGGGCCACAAGUUGGCGCUGCCCCCACCGCACGCCCUGGGGCAGGGGACACGCCCAGCACCCACUAGCCUGUGGGGUCCAGAAUCCGGUUCCGCCCGCGUACUAGGCAGCACCUCCCGUCUCAGAGCGCGUGGAACUUUAAGGACUAAGUUCUGUCCAGGGCAGUUCGCUGUGAUCUAGUUUUUAAUGCCACCCAGCAAUAAAGGCUUGGCAGGAAACAUGG